ACAAAAGAAAAGUAAACCCUAUUACCUACCUAAUUUAAUUUAAUGUUUGUAACUGAUUUGUGUAGCAUUUAUAUUAUUUUCUUCCAGCCUUGUAUAGUGUAGUACUUAAAACUUAGAUCGAAUCGUUAGAAUACUUUGAAAAGUAUUUUCAAAGUAUUCUAGCAAUAUUGUAUUGAUGAAUUAGUGCCUAGUGGUAACUGGAAUCCUGUGGAGUUUGGAACCGACUUUUAUCAGAUUUUUUGCAUAAAAUUUAAGGAUGUCCGAAUUUAAGACUCCAACUAAAAGUAAACUACAAGAGAACAAUGAUAAUAUAACAAUACCACCAUCGCCUUUUCUACAUAAACUUGGAUAUGGAACAGGAGUUUCAGUUUUACAGUUGGUACGCUCUCCAAGAGCUGGACUAAUACGUUCACCCUGGGCUUUAAAAAUGUUAAACAAACGUGUGAAACCCAAUAAAGUGUACAAAGAACGCUUACAGGCAGAAGCUGAUCUGCUGAAACGGUUGUCACAUCCAAACAUUGUUGGUUUUCGAGCAUUCAGCAACAGAAAAAUCUUAUAUUUGGGCAUGGAGUCAUGUGACUUGUCACUUGGUGAUAUGAUUGAAAAGAAAGUUGAAGAUGAUUGUGAACCUUUUGCAGCAAAAUAUAUUAUAAAGGUUGCUACAGAUAUUGGGAGUGCUUUAGACUAUCUUCAUACGAAGAUUCAGAUACUUCAUGGGGAUAUUAAAUCAUACAAUGUAUUAGUUAAUGGAAACUUUAUAAUUUGCAAACUGUGUGACUUUGGUGUAACAGUUCCUCUGGAUGAAAAUGGUGUAUUUGACAAAGAAAACAAUAAAAAUGUCGCCUACUAUGGUACUGAAGCAUGGAGUGCACCGGAGGUACUUAAUGAUGGACUAAUAACUAGUAAAACUGAUAUCUGGUCUCUUGGUCUCACUCUGUGGGAGAUGUUGUCCCUGGCACCUCCUCACACUGUCAUUGAUGAAGACUCUGAUGCUUCUGUCACCAGCAUGGAUGAUUCUUAUAUGAAUGAUGCCUUUGAGAGAUAUGGAACUCGGCCAGAAAUUCCAGCGAACAUAACAAUAGAAGAGUAUAGUGAUGCUCUGUCUCUAUUCCAUGCAUGCACAGAAGCAGACCCCAGUUUGCGACCCUCGGGCUUGCACCUUGCUACUGCUGCUGCGGAAAUUCUCAAUAAUAUAGAGACACCUGAUAAGUGAGAAUGGAUCUGAGACAAGAAAAGUUAGGUAUAUUACUAUUAGAGUUAAGGUAUUGUUUAUAUAAGUCACGUUGUCACUGCAAUUAUUAAAUUAAUAUUUUACCAGA